GACUUUGAUGUGAAAGAGUCUGUGAAUACGUAUAAAACUAUUAUUGAUUUAAACGCUAAGAAUAUUACGGCCGCCGAAGAGCAAGAGCUGAUCCAAUUGGCCAAAGAAGCCAAUGAAUUGCAUUGUUUAACGUUUCUUGUAAGUAAUAACGGUUUUGUCAAACAAUUGAGUGAUCGAGUGAUUGAUACGCUGGUCGACUAUAUGGCGACGAUGUUUACAAAGGAUUACGUCCAGAAGAUACUAAUGACGGGUGAAAUGAGUGAUCAAAACAUGCGCUUCGGUUGGAUAUUCGCUAAGAGAACCAAAGCUAUCUAUAGAGCUCGUAUUGAGUUAGUAAGAUUGUGCCUAACGUUGGCCAGGGAUGAUAAAACUCGUCAACUACUCAAAGCAAUGGACAGUGUAUUUGCCUCAAAAGGAGCCUUAUUUUACCAAAACUUUGAGCAACAAUUGGGUGCCGUUGGGGGUGAUGUCAAGGGCCGGGCGAUGGACAAGACGGACAUUGGCUAUCAUCUAAUGAUUUACCGCGAAAUGAAACGUGGUUCAUUGGUACGCAUGAUAUUACUAAAUAUGGUGCCCGAUUGGCGUGCACUACACGUAUGGGAAUAUCUCAAAAGUCAGCCCCAGUAUCGGCCCAGUCCUCUGUCCGACAAAUUGUUGCAAUUGGACUUAGAUGUGAAAGAGUCUGUGAAUACGUAUAAAACUAUUAUUGAUUUAAACGCUAAGAAUAUUACGGCCGCUGAAGAGCAAGAGCUGAUCCAAUUGGCCAAAGAAGCCAAUGAAUUGCAUUGUAAAUUUACAUGUGGUGCAGAUUGA